AUGGGCACAGUGUAUGAAGCAAUGUUACGGAGAGGCUACAUAGAAAAAUGGAAAUCGGAGGGAUAUAGCUUUGAAGCAAUGGAUCAUAAAAAUAAUUUCAGAGAUCCAGAAUCCAGAAAUUUACAACACAGAUUUUCCGACGAAGAACACGAAGAUCUCAGAGACGAAUGUAGAAGAUAUAACAACAUACAGGAUGAUUACGAAAGAGAGGAGCAUAGAGACUAUAGAUGCUAUGACUAUGAUGAAUCGUAUAUGAUCAAUGACAAUUUCGAAACAAAUCAAUACCAAAAUAAUUAUAACGUUAGGCGAGAUGUGCACAGGAUGGAAAAAAGUGAUUAUGAACGAGGUUUUGAUUAUUAUGAUGAUAACAUGGAUUAUGAGGAUCGAUACAACUACCAAGAUGCGAAUAACCAAUGCAGCAUGUAUGAACCAAAUACACAGAAUAAUUACUACGAACCAAUUGGCAAAAAAUGGCAAAUAAGAAACCAACCACAAAGUGAACAAUUUAAUAGAAGGAUCUAUGACAAUAAAGAAUUUGAUUACCAAAAUAGGAACACGGAUUUAGAAGAACAUUGGCAAAAUACGGACAUGACAUCACAGGGCUAUGAAAGAGAAAAUUUUAACAACAGAAAUCAGUAUUUUCAAGAUUAUAACACUAAUUCCAGAAAGAACUCAUACACCGACGAUGACCAAAGUUAUCAUCUCAGUGAAAGAGAAAGAAGAUACAACGAACAACAGAAAAUUUAUAGAAGAUUAUGUAAUCGACAGGAACCAUCUUUCAACAAUGAUUAUUAUAGAAGAGAUUAUUUUAUAAACAAACGUAAAUUUAAUAGAGAACGGAAUGAAGAUUUCGUAAUACCACCAGUUAUAUUCAGGGAAUCGCUAACAAACAUGAACCUUGUAAAGGAUACAGAACAAUGGGAUCAUAACAUAUCACCUUCUAUAAAUGAACUACAAUCUGCAAUUGAAAGUGAAGAAUCCAGCGACAAAAAAUCCAUUCACAGUAAAGAAAAGCCUUUGGAAGAAGAACAAAUAGUGGAGUACAUGAAUCUUAUUAUGGACAGUUCCAAUGAUGAGGAAGAUAUCAGCAUCAGUGAAGAACUGCCAGAAAAGGAAAUGAAAGAAUUUGUGGAUAAUGAAAUGUUUGAAGACGAUGAAGAAAAUAAGGAGGACACUUUACAAAAAUCUGAUUCGGAAAGACCCUACUUUACAAUGGAGUCAAAAAAAGAACACGAAUUAAACAACCAUGCUUGUCCUAUUAAUGAAGUUUUACAACAAGAAAAUGAUAUUUCGAAAUCUAAAGUGAACUAUACACUAAGUGAGAUAAAAUCAGAUCAAAAAAUCAACGAAAAAAUUAUCGAGAAAAGUGAAGAAUUUUCUGAUAUUAUACAGGUAAACAACGAAAAUAUCCCAAUCGUAGAUAAUUCGCAUUCAAUAUUAGAACAUGUGAAUUCCGACGGUCCUAUUAUAAAACUAAGAAAAGGUAUGAAAAAUGAACAAGAAGAAAGAAAAGAAGAAUUUAGUGGUCAAACUUUAAAUGAAUACAAUAACACUCUAAGUGAAACAUUAUAUAAGAAGGAAGUUCUUACAAUGAAUAAUAUUAUUUCUUCUAAAAAAACUGUUAAUCAAGAGAAUUCAGAAAUUGCAAAGGAUUUUUCCACAAGAUGCUUAUUCAAAACAAUUAAUCAGAAAGAAAUAAGAAAACGAGACAUACAUAUUUCCACAGUUAAAUCAGAUGUAACACGGAAAAGAAAGAGACGACGAGGACAUUGA